GCCACAAACACCAGCAGGAACAAAACAGCCCCGGGUUUCACUCCAAAAUAAAGAACAAACACGGAAAAGUGCACGGAGGAGUAAGGAGCUGGAAAGUCGGAAAGUUCUCCUGCAUCUACGACUUCUUCUUCUCCUUCUCCUUCUUCUGAAAGAGUGAGUUCCCUCUUCUAGAAAGUGAGGAGUCCAGCGCUGGGAGACAUGAUGAUGUGACAGGUCAGGAGAAGGAGGGAGAGAGAGAGAGAGAGAGAGAGGGAGAGAGAGAGAGAGAGAGAGAGGGCAGUGUGGAUGGACUUUUCCUCUUUCUCACACGGGCGCAUUUUUGGAGAAGUCUGCGCGUGCGUUUGCGCGCGUGUGCGUGCGCGUGAGACGAUCAGGAUGAAGACGAAGGUGGUGGAGGUGGUGGUGGUGAUGAUGAUGACGAUGAUGAUGAUGAAGAAGAUUAUACUUUACCCUGCGCAGAUAAAGAGCUCUACACAGGAGGACCAAACUGCCCCCGAGUCGGAUUAACUGCCCCCUUUUUCCUCCACUAGGAUGUUAUAGCACGUGCAUUUUAUUCAUUCUUCUAAAUACUAUUGAAUAGAAAACUUUUAUUUCCUUCAAUCUGUGGAAAUCGGAUUAAUUUAGAGCUCGCGCUCCUUCCCCUUUCAACUCGGAAACUGUCGCCCUUCUCAUCGUUUUUUUCUUCUUCUUCUUCUUUUUUGAUGUUUUCUGCACAGUAAACGAUGAAGGAGAGGAAAUUAACCUGCUGCUAAUUAACCUCUGGAUUACUUUAAAACACACAAAACCUGAAAACAAACACAAAACAACAAGAAGCCUUGCUGCUUGUUUCGGGAGAGAUGACGGCACGCGCUCUCGGGCUCGCGCUGUUAAUUGUGCACGCGUGCGCAGGAUCCCGUCUGCGGCAGGAGGACUACCCGCCCCGCAUCGUGGAGCAUCCCUCCGACCUGAUCGUGUCCAAGGGCGAACCCGCCACCCUCAACUGCAAGGCAGAGGGUCGGCCCACGCCCACCGUGGAGUGGUACAAGGACGGCGAGAGGGUCGAAACGGACCGGGACGACUCGCGUUCCCAUCGCAUGCUCCUUCCGACCGGAUCCCUCUUCUUCCUGAAAAUAAUUCAUGGACGCCGGAGCAAACCGGAUGAAGGGUCAUACGUCUGCGUGGCCCGCAACUACCUCGGGGAAGCUGUCAGCCACAACGCGUCGCUGGAAGUAGCCAUUCUCCGUGACGACUUCAGGCAGAACCCCAGCGAUGUCAUGGUGGCUGCCGGAGAACCGGCGGUGAUGGAGUGCCAGCCUCCACGUGGACACCCGGAACCCACCAUCUCCUGGAAGAAAGAUGGCGUGAACGUAGACGACAGAGAUGAACGUAUAACAAUCCGAGGCGGGAAGCUGAUGAUCACCAACACGCGGAAGAGCGACGCCGGGAAGUACGUGUGUGUGGGAACCAACAUGAUGGGGGAACGGGAGAGCGAGAUCGCCGAGCUCACCGUACUGGAGAGACCCAGUUUCCUGCGUAAACCGAGCAGUCAGUCGGUUCUGGUGGAGCAGAGUGUGGAGUUCAGGUGCGAGGCUCAGGGAGACCCGGUUCCCACCGUCCGCUGGAGGAAAGAGGACGGAGACCUGCCCAAGGGACGGUUCGAGAUCCGUGAUGAUCACACCCUGAAGCUGAAGAGGCUGAGCUCAGCCGAUGCCGGCUCCUACACCUGCCUGGCGGAGAACAUGAUGGGGAAGGCCGAAGCCACAGCCACCCUCACCGUCCACGUUAUGUCUGUGCCGCCAGUGUUCGCGGUGCGGCCGAGGAACCAGGUGGUGGGGUUGGGACGCACCGUGACGUUUCAGUGCGAGGCGACAGGAAGCCCACAGCCGGCCAUCUUCUGGCAACGAGAGGGAAGUCAGAACCUGCUCUUCUCAUCCCAGCCUCCUCAAUCCUCCAGCCGCUUCUCCGUCUCUCAGACCGGGGAUCUGACCAUCACGGGAGUGGAGCGUGGGGACAGUGGAUACUACAGCUGCCAGGCACUCAACAUCGCAGGAAGUGUGAUCACUAAAGCUCUGCUGGAGGUCACCGAUAUCAUUUCAGAUCGUCCUCCACCGGUCAUCCGUCAGGGACCGACCAAUCACACGGUUCCGGUGGACGGUACGGUGGUUCUGGGCUGCAGGGCGACAGGAAGUCCUCCUCCAACCAUCCUGUGGAAGAAAGACGGAGUUCUGGUGUCUGCUCAUGACUCCCGCUUUAAGCUGCUGGACUCUGGAGGUCUGCAGAUCCGAUACGCAAAGCUUGGAGACAUGGGUGUGUAUACAUGUGUAGCGUCCAGUCCCAGUGGAGAAGCAUCAUGGAAGGCCUACCUGGAAGUUCAAGAGUUCGGUAUCGGAGUUCAGCCUGGUCGACCCACUGACCCCAACCUGAUCCCCAGCGCUCCCUCCAAACCCGAGGUCACUGAUGUCACUCGUACCACCGUGUCUCUGUCCUGGAAGCCUGACCUUCACUCCGGAGCCACGCCCACCUCAUACAUCAUCGAGGCCUUCAGUCAUGCAGCAGGCAGUAGCUGGCACACCCUAGCAGACCACGUGAGGACCGAGAGCUAUGUGCUGAAGGGCCUGAAGCCCAGCGCCGUCUAUCUCUUCCUGGUAAGAGCGGCUAACGCAUACGGCCUGAGUGACCCGAGUCCCAUCAGCGAUGCCAUCAAAACACAGGAAAUUCCUCCAACCAGUCAAGGAGUGGAGCACGGGCAGAUCCAGAGGGAGCUUGGGGACGUUGUCAUCCACCUCCACAACCCUACCAUCCUUUCCUCCUCCUCCAUCCGUCUGCAGUGGACAGUGGAGCAGCAGUCCCAGUACAUGCAGGGCUAUAAGGUGAUGUACCGUGUGUCGUCCGAGUCAGGGCAGACGCGGAGCGACUGGACCGUGUUUGAGGUCAGGAGUCCAGCCGAGUACACGGCCGUGAUCUCUCAGCUCCGCAAAGGCACCACCUACGAGUUCAAAAUACGACCCUUCUUCAAUGAGUUCCAGGGAACCGACAGCGACAUCAAAGUGGGCAAGACUCUGGAGGAAGCCCCUAGCGCAGCACCCGGAGGCGUGACUGUCACACAAAGCAGAGACAACAGCACCGCCAUCCUGCUCUCCUGGCAAGCACCUCCUGAGGACGAGCGUAACGGAGUGGUCCAUGAGUACAGGAUCUGGUGUUUGGGAAACGAGAGCCGUUACCAUGUCAACCGCAGCGUGGACGGUAACACCUUCUCAGUGGUGAUCUCGGGUCUGGUCCCGGGCAUCCGGUAUGGUGUGGAGGUGGCAGCCAGCACCGGAGCCGGGCCGGGAGUGAAGAGUGACAUCACCUACUUCCAGCUGGACUCCUCGGGGAAGAUGAUUCAGUCCGUCGUGGACACAGAAGACACUCUCUCUCAGCAGAUCUCGGACGUGGUGAAGCAGCCGGCCUUCAUCGCGGGGAUCGGUGCGGCAUGUUGGAUCAUCCUCAUGGUGUUCAGUAUCUGGUUGUACCGCCAUCGCAAGAAACGGAGUGGCCUGAGCACCAGCUACGCCGGCAUCCGCAAAGUGCCAUCGUUCACCUUCACACCUACAGUUUCCUAUCAAAGAGGAGGAGAAGCUGUGAGCAGUGCUGGCAGACCUGGUUUGUUGAACAUUAGCGACUCAGCCACGCAGCCCUGGCUGGCGGAUACGUGGCCGAACAACUGCUCCAACCAGAAUGACUGCAGUAUCAACUGCUGCACCGCCAGCAACGGCAACAGCGACAGCAACCUGGCCACCUACAGCCGCCCUGCCGACUGCAUCGCUAACUACAGUCAGAUGGACAGCAAACCCAGCAACCUCCUGGCUCCAGACUCAUCCCUCUACGGAGAUGUUGACCUCUCCAACAAGAUCAACGAGAUGAAAACGUUCAACAGCCCCAACCUGAAGGAUGGGAGGUUGGUGGGACCUGCAGGCCAACCCACGCCUUACGCCACCACCCAGCUCAUUCAGUCCAGCAUGGGCUCCAAUCACAUGGGCAGUGCCGACCUCAACGAGAAACAGAGCUGGAAGGGGACACCUCAGAAACAGGAAGUGCAGUACAGCAUCAUGGAGCAGAACAAGCUGAACAAGGCCUCAGACCACCACCGAAGUGGAGACAGCACCAUGCCAGCCACCAUCCCGUAUAACCAAGCACCUGAUCCCAAUCCCAAUCCCAACGCCGGCUCCUACAGCAGCUCUGACCGAGGCAGCAGCACGUCCGGAAGUCAGGGGCAGAAAAAAGGGGGGCGAACUGCUAAAGUGCCCAAGCAGAACGCAAUGAACUGGGCUGAUCUGCUGCCUCCUCCACCCAUCAGCCCACCACCUUGUCAGGACUACGGCAUUUCGAUGGAUGACAGCUACGAGGCUGAGCUCCAGUGCCCCGUCCCUCCGUCCCGCAUGUACUUACAGCCCGAUGAGUUGGAGGAAGAGGAAGCAGAUCUGGAACGAGGCCCUACUCCUCCGGUUCGAGGCACGGCGUCCUCUCCUGCCGCUGUAUCCUACAGCCACCAGUCCACUGCCACCCUCACACCGUCCCCACAUGAAGAGAUGCAGCCCAUGCUCAUGGAGAAUCCAGAGAACCUCCAUGAACGCAGGCGGCAGUUAGUCAGCCCUCCUCCUCCACCACGACCUGUAUCGCCAUCUCACACGUAUGGCUACAUCUCUGGUCCCCUGGGUCUGGACACGGACGGUCUGGAAGACGAAGAAGAAGCAGACGAGACGGACGCAGAGGUACCGCUGGUCCAUCAGAGAUACCCUCACGCACUCGUCCCCGCGCAUCAGCACGGCGCACAUCCCAGGCUGAUGUUGCGAGGACUGGAUCAGACCCCGGCAUCCAGCACGUGUGAGCUUGACAGCUCAGUCACCGGUUCCAUGAUCAACGGCUGGGGCUCGGCGUCUGAGGAAGACAGCGGGUCAUCUGGGCGCUCCAGUGUCAUCAGCUCGUCCGACGGAUCCUUCUUCACUGAUGCCGACUUUGCACAGGCCGUGGCCGCCGCCGCCGAGUACGCCGGCCUCCGGGUCGCAAAACAUUCUGGGAAAGGGCUACCGCACUCGCACUACACCGGGCCAGGAGCACGGAAAUACCAGAACCUGCCUUCAGGCCAUCGCCCAGCAAGUCCCUUUUCUACAGAUAGUAAUAUGAGUGCAGCUGUGGUGCAGAAAAGACCUCCAAAGAAACAGAAACAGCAAGCAGCUGGACACUACCAGCGAAGAGAGGCUUACACAGAUGACCUUCCACCGCCACCCAUCCCACCUCCAGCCAUGCUCAAGUCCCCAACUCACCCAGCCAAGGCAGCAGCGGAGACAGGAAGGAGGUCCAGCUCGGCUGAGAGCAGGGACAAGAGAGAGAAGAAGCCCAGAGACGCCUCGGACACAAGAACCAGUUCGUCAGAACGUCGAGAUGCUCAAGAAAAGCAGAGAGCUCAAAGGGCGGGAAAAUCCAGCAAACCAGAGCCAUGUGCUGGACGUCAGGACCCAGAGGACAUCGUGCCCUACAGUCGACCCUCCUUCCCAGGCGUCCACAGUCCCCGGGGUGACAGAGAGCCAAGCUCCUCCAGCUCCAUGUCAUCACGAGGUUCUGGAGGCCGGAGGAGAGGUGAAGGAGUCUCUGGGAGCCGCAGGAAUCCUGCAGAAAUUAGCCUCAACACCGUAGGAGCCUUCCAGCCAGGAGAAGAGGAGCAACUGGAGAUGGCCGAGAGCUGAAGUCGGAAUAGACGUGAUGCUGUUGCUGUUUUAGCAACCACCUUCAACUUUAACCAUCUCAACAACGCCGUUCCUUUCAUAACUACCGAUCCUGAAAACUGACCAACUGUUUAACUCUUUUAAUCGUGCGUUUGUUGUCAUUUCACAAAAAAACACAUACAUAUACCGGUGCAUCUGAGGGGGGUGGUAAUAAUUUAGGUUUUUAUGUGAUGUGGAUUUACUCAAUGCAGCCAGUGUGACUUUGCUCAGCAAGGCCUAGAUGCCAGGCAUUACUGUUAAUGAAUAAUAAUAGCUACAAGCAGAAAGGGAUGGACUUACCUGUAAAUAAACAUGCAUACAUGUCUUUUAUAAUACGUGUGGUACGUUAAAAUUUCGUCUUCCUCGGCUUAUUAGGAUCAUUUAAUAAAAAAAAAAAAAAAAGGUUUUAAUAUUAUUCUGUAAUUGUUUGUAUCACAUCCAUCCUGGUUGUAAAAUUGUCAUAUCAUUUAAAGAGUUCUGAGAAACAUGCCACAUUGAAGAUGUUUCUUUUUCUUUUCCUUUUUUUUUGGUUAUAAUGCACUGUUAUUUUGUCGUCUGUCAAUGUUUAUUUGUUUGCCUUUGGUUUUAAAAGCACAAUCACUAAACUUUAUUUUGAACCAUGUUAUCGAUUAACCUUUUUGUCCUACGUGAAAAGAACAGGUACUGUAUGACAAAAGGCCUCGUUAACCCUGACGUAGUUGAAAGAGAGGAAAAAAAGCUGUUUACAAAUAUGGAGGUGAACGAACGGAUAAAACACGGCCCUGCGUCUCUCUCUCUCUGCCUGAUUCUCAGACAUGUUUCAUUUGCGCAUUGUUCCAUCAGGACACCUUCAUCUACUACAUUAUGCACUUACCAACACUUGAACUGAGGAAACAGGGAUCUGGAAGGACUGGCUAGCUCAGGGCCAUGGCGUUGUGCCGAGACGUCGGUCGCUUUCGAAGAGAGGGGAGAGGACGCUAAGUGUUUACUCAGAGGGCAUCUGCAACUUUUUUUUUUUUGUUUCUUAAAGUAAAAAAAAAAAAAAGCAUCAGAAAAAUAGAAAAAAAAAAUCAAUAAA